ACACCAACCAUCAGCCCCCACCACAUAAUAUAUACAACAUCAACAGUCCGCUUCUCCCUGUGGUUGAUGGCGUGUGUGUGAGCGUGCGCGCGCGGUUGGGCGUGUGUGUGAGCGUGCGCGCGGGUUGGGCGUGUGUGUGAGCGUGUGUGUUUUCGGUCUGUGACGGUGCACUCUGCAUGUAUUAUCUCUGCGCCUCACUGUGCUCCUGUCCAAAUAAGGGGCUGUCCUGGUCAACCAUGUGUCAGCAUACCCUCAGACAGGGGUAGAGAUAAAUACAGACAGAGAGAGGGAGAGACGGAGAGACGAGGAGGGGAAGGAAAGUUGGGACAGGGGAGGAGACGGUGAGGAGGCGUUCUCGAAGCAGCUGGGAGAGGUGGAGGACUGUGUGGAAGUGUGGGCGAAGGAAAGGGUCGGAUGAAAGAACAAGAGUUGUGGAAAGAAGGAGGAGAGUUUUUCUGGGGAGGGGAGGUGAUCGGAGCAAGCCAAUGACAGCGGGGCAGGAGAAUUUAGAGGAGGGUGAGGUGGUCAGGACUCACAGAACGUUGAGGUGAAGUGGAAAAAGAAAAUAAGAAAAAGGCCAUUAUCAAGGAGGAGGGUAACCCUUCAGGGCAGUUAAUCAAAGUGUGGAUCUAGCAGAAGGAAAAGAUAGGGAUUUUCUCAGAGAAGGAUCUGGUGAACAGGAAAAGAGAGUGAUUUUCUCAGAGAAGGAUCUGGUGAACAGAAAAAGAGAGUGAUUUUCUCAGAGAAGGAUCUGGGGAACAGGAAAAGAGAGCGAUUUUUUCAGAGAAAGAUCUGGUGGACAGGAAAAUAGAUUGAUUUUCUCAGCGAAGGAUCUGGGGAACAGGAAAAGAGAGUGAUUUUCUCAGAGAAGGAUCUGGUGGACAGGAAAAGAGAGCGAUUUUCUCAGAGACGGAUCUGGUGGACAGGAAAAGAGAACGAUUUUCUCAGAGACGGAUCUGGUGGACAGGAAAAAGACCACCUGGGAGAGAAAUGAAAGGAUGGGAUCAAUUUGAACAAGGAAAAGAGAUAGAGACAUAGAGAGAGACACUUCCUGGACUUUCAAAACAACUGGAAGGACCGUCUGUCUGCCCAGAGGGAAGUGUGUACAGAGGGGACUUGGUGACCCGAGCAAGGCCUGCCCUGAGUGCCAGACACACACAGUGUGUUCCAGUGUGACACUGCAGACCACAACAGGUUCUUUCAUUGCACACUGAACUGUUCGCGUGAAUGAGGGUUCGUCUGGCUCAGUGUGUGUGUGUGUGUGUGUGAGUGCGUGCACGCGUGUGUGAACAUGUGUUUCUUUGUUUGACUCAGCUUGUGUAUUUUGGUUGGGGGUGUCUGUGUUUAAAAAGUGUGUGUGUGUGAGUGUGUGUCUGGGUGUGUGUUGUGCUUUGUGUGGGUGUGUAUGCUUUGUGUGUGUGUGUGUGUGUGUGUGUCCGUGCGCGUUUGAGCUCAGACCAGGCCAGGACGAGGUUGUGGCUCUAAACCCUGGACCGUGCUUUGUAGGAGGAGAGGUGAAAGACAAAAAGAAAGGAGAGAAGGUCUAGUGAAUCAGCGGAGGAGAGGAAUGGAAGAGAAGAACUGAGGAGAGAAAGAACAGGAACAACAUACAGCAGGAAAGCUUUUAGGAGGAAAAAGAAAGGGGUAGAAAGGGCAAGGCUUUGAAGAAGUGAUGAAGGCUUUACAGAAGAACCAGGCUCGAACCGACCAGAUGCUGGGUGCCAUGGCUGACAUGUUGACUUCACUGGCAUUGCCCAAUCAACAGUGGUCUACAGAGACCAGUGACACACCUGCGGAGCCUCCCGCGGACCAGGAGUGGGAGAGGGAGCCGUCUGGCCCGGGACAGCAGCACCCAGCUGGGAUAGAGGACUGGGAACAGGGGUCCAACCUGGAGAGAGGAGGAAGAGACGGAGCAGACUCGUACUCAGUUGGGGGCAGCGAGGGCAGCCUCUCCCCCUCCGCAGCGUCCCUGCCCCCGACACUGACGGCGUCUGGCAGCUCCGCCCCCAGUUCCCCGGGCUCGCGCCGCUCCGUCAGCACCCUGAAGAAGUGGCUGACCAGUCCCGUCCGCAAGCUUAGCGCCGGGGCAGUAAACAUCUCCGCCAGUGCCAAGGGGGAGCGGCAGGUCAGGAAGUUGGAAGGGGGAGCCAAGCCGCUGCCUCCUAUCCCAGCCCCGAGGCGUGGCCCUGAUCUGGGGUUGGAGGGGCUGGGGUUAGGCAGGGGUCCAGAGGACCAUCUCAACACCAUACUGCCGAUCACGCACAAAGACAUGGAGUGCAGGUACAGCUUGGCCAGUCCUGAGGACCUUUCCCCAGCAACCUUAAACUCUCCUAGUUUCCUGGCCGACUCACUGCAAGGCUGUAGCUCACUGGAAUACACACAGGAUACUCAGUCCACCAAUGUCUGUCCACAUGGCAGUGACUCAGUGGUGAUGGACGACACCUCCAGCCAAUCAUCAGUGGUGGCCGACAGUGAGGAGGAGAGGCGGAGUGCUUUGGAAAAGAGCAUGUACGUACUGAAGGAACUCAUCGAGACGGAGAAACUGUACGUGGAAGACCUGGGUCUCAUAGUGGAGGGCUACAUGGCCACUAUGAACGCUAAGGGUGUCCCGGACGACAUGAAGGGAAAAGACAAGAUUGUUUUUGGAAACAUUCACCAAAUGUAUGACUGGCAUAAAGACUACUUCCUGGGCGAGCUGGAGAAAUGUGUAGCAGAACCGGAGAGACUGGCCCAACUUUUCAUAAAGCAUGAGAGGCGUCUCCAUAUGUACGUGGUGUAUUGCCAAAACAAACCCAAGUCAGAGCACAUCGUCUCAGAGUACAUCGAGACCUACUUUGAGGAACUAAGACUACAGCUGGGUCACAGGCUACAGCUCAACGACCUGCUGAUCAAACCAGUCCAAAGGAUCAUGAAGUACCAGCUACUGCUCAAGGACUUCCUGAAGUACUACACCAAGGCUGGGAUGGACACUGAAGACUUGGAGAGAGCAGUGGAGGUGAUGUGCUUUGUGCCCAAGCGAUGUAAUGACAUGAUGAAUGUGGGACGACUGCAGGGAUUUGAGGGUAAAAUCACAGCGCAAGGAAAGCUGCUCCAGCAAGACACCUUUACUGUGAUCGAACAGGAUAGCGGCUUCCUGUCCCGGGCAAAAGAGAGGCGGGUCUUCCUGUUUGAACAGCUUGUAAUUUUCAGCGAGCCCAUCGACAAGAAGAAGGGAUUCUCACUUCCUGGAUAUACCUUCAAGAGCAGCAUCAAGGUGAGCUGCCUUGGUGUAGAGCCCCCAGUGGAGGAAGACGCGAGCCGCCUGGUGCUGACGUCGAGGGGGACUGACGGGAGUGUGGUGCGCUACGUUCUUCAGGCCGCCUCCCCAGAGGUCCGCAGCGCCUGGGUCAGUGAUGUGGGACAGAUCCUGGAGACCCAGAGGAACUUCCUCAACGCCCUCCAAUCGCCCAUCGAGUACCAGCGGAAGGAGAGCACCAGCAAGUCCAACAGCCUGGGCCGGACCAUGAGAGCCCCUCUGUCAGCCGCCACGGGGCCCCUGCGGCCUCACUCUUCAGCCUCCAUCGACCGCCAGCGUCUGCCCUGCCUGCAGUCCUACAACACCUCCCUGCCCGCCCUCUAUCUGCCCAGCCAGGGGGGUCAGGGCAGUGGCUCCCAGGACGCCACGGAUACGCACACACCUCAGGAGUCUCCUCUGGUUAGCAGGAACCCCCAGACAACAGUCUCUCCUGCUCAUGUCCUUGUGUCCUUCACUGACCAGUCGGCCCAGUCUGCACACGCCCAGAAUCCCCUGCAGUGUCAAGCUGUGUCCAAUGGACUGUACGGCACACAGCAGAGAGCAGCAGAGAGCUGUCGUAGCAGAGGUCUGCCUGGGGAGGCGGGACCUCCUGUGUCCGUCUCUGGUCCUUUGGUGGGCCGGCGAUCUAGCAACCUAGCCCAGCUCAACGAAGACGACCUAUGAACCCUGACCUCCAGGAGGAACACUUAAAGGUCACGGACCGCCUCACCCAGUAUGGAGAGUAGCAGCAGGAUCCGGCCUUACAGAUGGUUGAUUCUGUUGUAAAUUUAGGCUCCUGUUGAAGGCGGAGGUAGGAGUCUCUGUGCAGAACCAGGACUGGAUCGAGGCUGCUUUAUGAGAUUGUUCCCGGGUAGUUUAUUGACAUUCUGAGCAAAUGAAUCCUGGAUUGCAAUGUACAGACGGAGCAAUGGACUGACAUUGUAAAAACCCUCACAUCUGAUUUUUUUUAGCGAUGUGGUGCGAGGCUGAAGACUUGCCUCCGUGGCGAACCAUUAAAAUGUAGCACUCAGAGGGCUGGUGCCAUGUCUAAAUGUAUGAAGAAAAAUGGACAUUAGCUAUUAUGCUGAAAGCGGAGGUUGCUUGUUUAAAUUUUUCAUCUUUAGAGAAUUUCCAUACAGCAUCUAUUGUAGUGUCUAUCUAAUGGCCUAGAGACUGUUCAAAAGAAAAUUAAAUGUCCAUUCCUGAUUGUGUGUGGGGUGUCACUGGAGAAGUGUGUAUGUGUGUGUGUGUGGGGGGGGGGGGGGGGUCAGUGUGUGUGUUUAUGUUCUUGGGGGGGUGUGUACAGGACACUCCUUGUAAACAUGCCAAAAGAAGCACUCCACCCUGAAGAGAAUAGGACUGUAGAUCUGAAAGUCUCUACUUUUUCUUUCAACUCUCUCAUAACAUUAGGAGAAUUGCAUGAAUCUGUCAUGGAACAGAACUCUGCUCCUCCUCGAUGUUCUCUUAUUCUCUUUGACUGAAGUUGUCUCGUCUGAUCUCAACCUUCUGGAGUGUCAAAGGGUUAGGGGGUCCCCUGGAGGCGCUCUGCAGGCGUGGCCUCAGUCCGGGGUGACUCCUGCCUUUAUAGUCUUUCCUUGAUUCCUUGGGAUUUUCUGAAUCCGUUAAAAAAAUCUUUCUACCGUCCUCUCGGACCCAGAAAUCGAUGAGUUAUCAAUUAGUCGAGAAGAUGUAAUUUCCUUACUAGGCUAGCAGAAGGGUAAUAUCCUCACCCUCAGCCGACACUCAUCAAGGACACGUAUGUGCAUCCUGUACCGGAACAGAAUCAGCUUCUGUUUUGUCUGAGGAAAACACGCACGGGGCAAAUUAUACACACAUAAUGCUCAACUAACUUUUCAUCCCUUUGCAUUUGUUGUGGGAACCAGCACUGUCAGUGUACUUCGCUUGAUAACGCUGGGGGGCUAGAAGGGGGGAAUUUGUUGCACACUCCGUCUCCCCACCACCUCUCCUACUUUACCUUUGAACAUUUUCAAGAGGCCAGAGGGGACCUAGGGGAGAGCAUACAGGGCAAUUAGCUUGGACAAAUACAAAAAAAAGCCCUUGCGUCCUCUGUUGCCAUCCUUUUCGUUCUCUAAAAGUCAGCGGAAAGUGAAGAAAGGAUUUUGUUUUGAUAAAUGGAGACAGAAGGGGACACAAGGAAUUGAGGAAAGACUACUGAGUUGUGGCCAGAAAAGCAAAUUUGAUGGGCAAAGCUUGCAGAUUCUCAAUGACUGAAAUUUCAAACGUAUCUUCCCUUGACCACACUGGUCCUCUAGGUAUGUGGUAGAAGACCAUAAGGAAUUGUCUUUAAAUGUGAUGAGUUGUCUCUACAGUACGUCAAUGACAUCCAAUCAGGAUGUGUCACAGCUUUCUGCUGUAUUCAAUCAUCUCUGCUAGCUUUUGCUCCUGCAGCCCCAUGGCUAAUGCUAGCCCAGGCUUAGAUUUCUGGCUUUUAGAUGAAGGGCUAAUGCUAGCCCAGGCUUAGAUUUCUGGCUUUUAGAUGAAGGGCUAAUGCUAGCCCAGGCUUAGAUCUCUGGCUUUUAGAUAAAGGGCUAAUGCUAGCCUAGACUUAGAUCUCAGGCUUUUAGAUAAAGGGCUAAUGCUAGUCCAGGCUUAGAUCUCUAGCUCUUAGAUAAAGGAUGACCGUUUUAAGGACAGCUAAUUACUUAGAUUGUUGUAUCUACUGACAGUUUGGAUAAAACGUGGCCCAUCUGCAUGCUCUGUUCAUAUCAAAAUGACCCUUGUGCCAAAAACAGGAGCUUUUGAAACUUUGACUAGUUCAGUUGCCAUUGCCACUAUGACAUACAACCAACUGUGAGGUUUUUUUUUAACACAUCAAACACAUGUAAGUCGGGAUUUUAUGUAUAUCAAUGACCAAAAUUUCCACUUAAAGCAAAUGACUGUAAAAAUAUGAAACUGGCUGACGUCUAUCCCGCAAGCUCUAAGUGAGUUCCCUUCUACUGCCAGCAGGGGUCAGUAUAAGGCUAUCACAUCCAGAUAGUGGGUCUGAUAAGGCAACUCCGCCAAAGAUCAAUGGCUUUUAGUUCCAGUGCCACCUCCAGCUAAAUCUACUUCAAAUAUCGGCCCUGAGAAAACAACCAUGCCGCUUUGAAUUCAAAGCAGUUUGGUCCAUAACUUCACUGCUCAUGGACUACACAGUGCUGUUUGUAAAGUUGAACAGUCAUUUCGGUGGUUAUUUUUUGAAAUAGCAUUUUGUGCAUGUUAAUUAUAUAUGAAGGAAUACCACAAGAGGAAUAGGUUAAAGGAUAGAGCAGGAUAAUGGGUUAUACUGACGCCAUGUUUGACUGUAUUGAAUCUGUUGUAUUAUAUCAAAUAAAAAGUGUCUUUUCUGAUA